AUGAAGCUAUUAGAAUUAGAAUAUGGAACAUGUCCUACACUACUUCAAUUGAAAAAAUUAAGAGCUACACUUAAUAAAAAUAUCCGAAUUAGGAAGUGUAAUAACGGAGCAUAUUUGAAUGUGAACGAUGCCGUUAAAUUAUUAAUUCAUAGCGAUCCAUCAAUAAUAGAUAAUGCAUCAGAUGACGUGAUCCGUAUUAAACAUAAUAUGGAUGGCACGACAAUAGGGGCAUCCACAAAUUUUUUGAUGUCAACAAUCAGUUGCGUUGAAUCUGGUAUUAAUAAACAAUCGGCCACAAACGUUAUACUGCUAGGACAAUUUAAAUUUAACAAGGAAAAUCGUAGUGAAAUUGAACGGGUCAUCCCCGAUGAAUUUAUCGAUAUGAUGGAAAAGAAAUUAGUGUGUUUAAAGAAUUUGAAAUUGGAAUUAGACUUCAUAAGUGCAUCUAUACUAAAGGAUGAUUGCUUUGAUAUUCUUCAAAAUGUUCAGAAACAAUUAUGUCAUAAUAUCGAAAAUGUGUAA